GCAGAUGGGCGUGGGGUGAAAAAGAAGCACAGAAAAGAACAGAAGGACUCAUUUAAAGGAAGGAAAGUUGAACAGGGUGCUAGACAUAUGACAGAUACUCCUGGUUUGGUUUAAAACAUGCCACAUGCCACGUAGCAUGUGAAAGAAGCCAUCCUAGCCUGUUCUACAAAGUAUAAUAAGGCAAAAAUUAUGUAUCAGUUUUUGGGAGCAUCAUUUCUUUUGAGUCAGCUGCUGUGGCACACUAGUGAAACCAAGUGUGGGGAGGAUAACUAUGUGAUCAAUGUAAUGAUGCUAAAUGACCCUGACUAUCCAAUGACUUCAGGAAACUUAAAACCAACUGUAGAACUGGGCCUCCAACUGGUGCGUGACAUUCUGAAAGAGAACAACAUUAGCGUCAAUGUCAGUGCUACAUAUGAUGUGUCCAACACAUCUGUCUAUUCCUCACAACGGUGCCGCAGUAGCACUUGUGAAGGUGUGGCAUUUGUUAAACAACUUGAAACCCAAAGGAAACUUGGGUGUGUUGUCCUAGGUCCCACAUGUUCAUUUGCCACAUAUCAAUUGGUCUCAUUAGAACACGUAUUGGACCUCCCUCUGAUUUCUGUUGGGAGUUUUGGUUUGUCUUGUGACUUCAAAGAAAAAUUAACAAGAAUGUUAACUCCAGCUAGGAAAGUGACCUACUUCUUGAUUAAUUUCUGGAAAAAUGUCAGUUUGCCAUUCAAAGUUGUUGUGUGGGAAACAGUUUAUGUCUAUAAGAAGAAUGACAUCACUGAAGACUGCUACUGGUAUAUGAAUGCCCUAGAUGCUUCAGUUACAGAAAUCUCAACAUACAUGAAAUUCAAGGAAAUUAUAAGGAGCCCAGAGCAGUUGCAAGAUAUUGUGAAAAGUUCAAGUCGAAAAAGCAAUGUAAUCCUCACAUGUGGCACCCCAGAUGAUAUCAAAAUAGCCCUUGGGAAAGAAAAGGUGGAUGAUGAUAUAGUUUUCAUCCUGAUAGAUCUUCACAGUAACAUUUCUUAUGAAAAUACUCCCUCAGCUAGUUACAUGCGGAAUGUCCUUGUCCUGACUCUGGCACCAACAAACUACAGCGCAGUUUUAAAUCAUAAUGGGACUCUCAUGGAUCCUGAAAAGCUGAAAAAUGACAUCAUUGUGGGAUACUUGGAUGCUGUCUUACUCUUUGGACAUGCUUUGAAAGACCUUAAGUCCAGACAAGAAUCAAUUUGUUCUAUUGACUUCCUCAGCCAUUUCCGGAAUGUCACUUUUCAAGGUAUUCUAGGUCCUCAAACUUUGGAUGGAUAUGGAGAUAUUGAUGUCAAUUUCAGUAUGUUCUACACAUCAGUGGAUAACUUUGAAUUUAAAACCCUCCUGUGGUUUGACACACACCUGAAUGAAACAGUUGUGAAGACAAAGAAGCCAUUAUUCACCUGGAAAAAAUACAAGUUGCCUAAUGAUAUCCCUAACAGUGGUCCCCCCAUCCUGACUAUAGCUGUUUUCACACUUACUGCAACGGUGGUGCUAGUUCUGAUCAUUGCUUUGCUGGUGCUGAGGAAGUACAGAAGAGCCAAUGAACUCCGGCAAAAGAGAUGGUCCCAUAUUCCUCCUGAGAAGAUACUGCCGUUGAAUACCAAUGAGACAAGUCAUGUUAGUCUGAAGAUUGAUGAAGACAAAAGGCGGGACACUGCUCAAAGGUUGCGUCAAGGCAAAUAUGAUAAGAAGGUGAUAAUCCUGAAGGAUUUCAAACACAAUGAUGGAAAUUUUACAGAGAAACAGAAAAUAGCUCUGAAUAAGCUUCUUCAGAUUGAUUAUUACAACCUGACUAAAUUCUAUGGGACAGUCAAGAUGGACACAAUGAUCUAUGGAGUAAUUGAGUACUGUGAAAGGGGAUCAUUGCGGGAUGUCUUAAAUGAUAAAAUUUCCUACCCUGAUGGAACCUUCAUGGACUGGGAAUUUAAAAUUUCUGUCAUGUAUGACAUUGCUAAGGGAAUGUCUUACCUGCAUUCAAGCAAAACAGAGGUCCACGGGCGCCUGAAAUCCACAAAUUGUGUUGUUGAUAAACGCAUGGUUGUGAAGAUUACUGAUUUUGGCUGCAAUUCUAUUCUGCCACCUAAAAAAGAUCUCUGGACUGCUCCUGAACACCUCCGUUGUGGUGAUGUAUCUCAGAAAGGUGAUGUAUAUAGCUAUGGAAUUAUAGCACAAGAAAUUAUUCUGCGUAAAGAGACCUUCUACACUAACCAUUGUCGGGAUUCUAAAGAAAAACUUUAUAGAGUAGAAAGCAGCAAAGGAGCACGACCAUUCCGGCCAGAUCUUUUAUUGGAGACAGAGGGGGAGCGAGAGCAAGAAAUAUAUUUUCUAGUGAAAAGCUGCUGGGAAGAAGAUCCAGAGAAGAGACCAGAUUUUAAGAAAAUUGAAACUACUCUAGGUAGGAUAUUUAGCAACUACCACAGCCAAAACAAUGAGAGCUAUAUGGACACAUUGAUCCGACGUCUGCAGUUGUAUUCACAAAACCUGGAGCACUUAGUAGAAGAGAGAACCAAGCUGUACAAAGCAGAACGAGAUAGAGCUGACAAACUCAAUUUCAUGCUUCUCCCAAGACCUGUGGUGACGUCUUUGAAGGAAACUGGACGUGUAGAACCAGAAUUGUUUGAAGAAGUCACCAUCUACUUCAGUGACAUUGUGGGCUUCACAACCAUAUGUAAAUACAGCACACCUAUGGAAGUGGUAGACAUGCUGAAUGACAUCUACAAGAACUUUGACCACAUUCUUGAUCAUCAUGAUGUUUACAAGGUGGAGACCAUUGGAGAUGCAUAUAUGGUAGUAAGUGGUUUACCAAACAGAAACGGUAACCGUCAUGCAGUGGACAUUUCCAUGAUGGCCCUGGAUAUACUCAGCUUCAUGGGAUCAUUUGAAUUACAACAUCUUCCAGGUCUUCCUGUAUGGAUUCGAAUAGGAAUUCAUUCUGGUCCUUGUGCAGCUGGUGUGGUUGGGAUUAAAAUGCCUCGUUACUGCUUGUUUGGAGACACGGUGAACACAGCUUCAAGAAUGGAGUCUACAGGUUUACCCCUACGGAUUCAUGUAAGUGGUUCCACUAUUGCUAUUCUGAAGAGGACAGACUGUCAGUUCCAGUAUGAAGAACGAGGAGAAACUUAUUUGAAGGGCAAAGGAACUGAGAUUACUUAUUGGCUGACAGGUGUGAAGGAUCAGCAAUAUAAUCUUCCAUCACCUCCUUCUGUGGAGAAUCAGCAGCGUUUGCAGGCUGAUUUUGCUGAGAUGAUAAAGGACUCAUUGCAAAGAAGACCAACAGGAGAUUGCCAGAUGCAAGAGAUUUCGUGCAUAACUAGUUACUGCAAAGGCACUCUGGAAUAUCUGCAAUUGGCUACUACAGAACGCCCUGCCACUUAUCUGUAAAAUUGGAUAGGAACAAGUUAGGAAUAAAAAGAUUUUAGAUUCCCACCACCACCACCACCCAUUUGUAGGAUUGAGGAGAGUAAGAUUGGUUGAAAACAGAAUGUUGAUCAUUCCUUUAAGUAUCAUUAAUCAGAGUCCAUGGCACCUUUUCCAACUAACAAAUUUUAUUAAAAGACAUGUAGUUUUCAUGACAGCAGCUCAUUUUUAAUAAAAUGUGGUAGUCUGCAAAGAUACUACAAGACUUCUGAUUUUUGGCUACCAUAGACUAACAUGGCUCUCUACAAUGUCUACUUGUAUAUCGUUAGCAAUCAUCUGUGAAAAGAUUCCCUUUGCAUUUCCAAAAUGCAAAUAACCUAGUGCAAGAUACUUCUGUACUUUAAUAGCACACUGCCUUUUGGAUAUGCGGGGAACAAAGUAAGAGGCUGUCAGUUACAGCUUUCACAUUCAGUUUGUUGCUUAUGGUCAAAUAGGAGCAUAGCAAAGCUGACUUCUCUAUAAUGUAAAGUGACUUUAACUAUUAUAUAGGUACUCUCGAUUGCAUAGACUGAUCCUUCCCUGCUCAGUUCAGUGAUUGAUGUUACAGUGGAUAUAGGCAGUUAGAGGGAAGUCUAGUACAAUUUAGAAAUAUGUGUGACCUUAUCCUACAUAUCUUCCUCUAUAAGCUAUUUUGAGUGUAUAGGAAUAUAAGUAAAGAGGGAAGCAAGCAGUGAAUGCCAAGCCAUUCCUGUUUGAAACUGUUUAGCCAUACUUUAAAAGUGAAGUCUGAUGUUUUUAGGCUAAACUCUUCCCUCACGGUUAGAUAGAUUGUGCUGCAUUUGUUUCCUCAUAGAAAUAGCCCCAUUUUAUCUGCCAUUUAAAAUCUGUUAAGGCAUUGAUUUUUCAUGAUUUGUUUGUUAUAUGUUUGGAAACAUAACCAGCACAUUUGAAAAGACAAUAAUUUUUUUUUUGGAUAAGAGUAUCUUGCGGCAUUGGCUCUCACCCUGUUACAGAUGAAAUUUGAAUAUAUACCUACACCCACACCCACAUAUAGGUAUAGAUAUAUACACAGAUAUACAUACACUUAUUUGGAUGUGGGCAUCUUGUUGCUGUCCUAUAUAGGUGUUUUCUUUCAUACAUGAUUUUAUUUUGUAUUCUAUAACACUGAGAGUAAUUGUAUUCUGUUUGGAGGGUCAUUUGUGUGGCAGGAAAACAGGAUUCAAAAUGUUGCAAAUAAACAGCUGCCCAUUUUUGGCUCUUCACUAGCAAUACUUUGCUGAUAGUCAGGAUUCAGAGUAGCCUGAGCUCCUUCCAUACCUAGAUCUGCGUAUCAACUUCUUGCCCAAUGUUUUCCAAUAAAUUAUGAAAUGAAAGCAUACUCCUUUCCAAUAUAGUUUCCAUUCAGUUUUUACAGUUUAAUAAAUGAUGAAAACAAUUGAUGAAAGCAAAUAUUUUUGUAAAUUAAAAUCCUUUAUACUUUUCCUAUUGAGGUCUUAUGAUUAUUACGUGUAUAAAAAGAGGAAGAAAGCCAUUUUAAGAUCAUAUAUGUAUUCUAGAUAACCUAGAAUAUAAAGUCUUAUUAGAGACCGGUUAUAAGGCAAAACCAAUUGAAUUCUGCAUUACUGUAUUUUCCCCGAGAAAGGUAGGGCCUUGUCUGGACUACUAUGAGCCAGAAGACUCUCACUGAGUCUAAAACUCCACUCAGCUGCAGAGAGCCUAUACCCACAGACACAUCAUAUGACAGAGGAACAAGUUUUCUUCUGAAUAAAGGCAUACUCAAAAGUAGGGCAACUUGAAAGCAAGAAAUUGCAUUAAGUUGAUUUAAUGACUAACUUCACAUAUCACACUAAGCUAUAGCCUAUUGAAUAGUGGUUUAUUGAAUACAGUGCAUCUGGUGAAAAAGGCCUCAAAGCAAAUUAAAAGGUAAAACCUCUUUUGAAUCAAGCUCAACUUUAUGUACAGGUCCAUGCAAUUUUCUUGGCAACAAUAAAAAAAAUAUGUUUGCCGUUGCCUCCUUCCAGAUGUUUUUUCAAUUUCUCAGACUAGCCUACAACUCUGUAUGACUUUAAACUGAAAGCAAAAGGCAGUUAAACAGAAAACAACUUCACUGCAUCCAAUUCAAGUUUGAUUAACAUUUUUCAUCUGCAGUAGUCAGAUAUAAAUCCUAAAUAGACAUUAUAGUAUAAUACAUCUAAAAAGCUAUUUCUUCCUAAGUAAAACCCUGUAAUUUGAAGAAGCAUAAAAUAUGAAAAGUAACUUUGCCAUUAAUAAGCAUGCUCUGCUUAUGCUGUGGUUGAUAGGAAAAUGGAGGCUUCAUCAAUAUUUAUCAAUCUAAAAAAUAACUAGCACACAUACCUUUGCUUGUUUACAAGAUUCUCUUCCACCUAAAAUAAUGACAGAAUCAUAAUUAUUUCUGAUGCAUAAUAUUUGUAAGACUGCAUUCUGCUUUCUUCAAGUUCCAUGUAAAAUCAGCUUUGGGAAUGUCCAAUAUCUAAUAUGGGUUCUAAACUACUGAUUUACUUGCAUGUGUGGUUAGCACAGGAAAAAUAAAAUGACAGCUUUAGGUUUGUUGGUAUACUAUUGUAUUUGUAACUGAUAAGAAUUACUUGUGGUUGAGAACAAGACAACACCUUCCUUUGUUCAUGACUAAGAUGAAGUAGGGACUGUUAAAGAGAUAAACAUUUAAAGUAACCUUUAGACCAUAAGGAAGUAACUUUUGACCUUGCCUUUUAACAAAAUGACAGGACUGCUUGACUUCUUCAGAUCAACUUAAGUUGAUGAUGGAACUUUAACAAGAUAAUGAUUCUUUUUAUACAACCCAUGAUAGUAAAACUCUUGAGGAAAUGUCAACUCUGUGUUAUUCAGAUAUUUAAAACUGAAUAAUUCAGAUAAUUCAAUCAAUAGGUUUAUGCAGAGAACUGCAGAGAUGACUUUGGAGAAGGUAUGUGAAGCCUGUUAGCAAAACAUUGACUUGGCACCGGGAAAACCAAAUAGCAUGAGAAAGAAACUUAAAGUUGC